AACUUGCGUUCUACAUUCUCCAGGCCCAUUGCAAAGAUUCGACUACAGUGCGACGGUUGUGCUCAGCUCGUGUGAUUCAAAAAUAUAUAGGGGACUCGGACUCAUAAGAAAUAUAUAUAAACUAGGAUAAAGUAUAUAUAAAAAACUAUCACGAAACAUAAUGGAACCCGGUGCAGGUGCAGAAAGUGAAUCCGUAUGCGGAAUGCCCGUGGAAUCACAUGAUCCCCUGUACUUGGAGGCCUAUCGCCAGAGUGUCGAGGAUCCGGCGACCUUUUGGGAGGAGCAGGCUCAUCUGCUCGACUGGGAUAGGCCCUGGGAAAAGGUACUGGACAACAGCAACCCACCCUUCACGAAGUGGUAUGUGGGUGGGUAUUUGAAUGCCUGUUAUAACUCCAUCGAUCGGCACAUACUAGCUGGUCGGGGUGCCAAGGUGGCUCUAAUUCACGACAGUCCGAUCACGGAAACAGUACGCCGAGUGACAUACCAAGAGCUCUAUGACCAGAUUAUUUUGCUGGCCGGUGGUCUGGCCAAACUAGGGGUGGUCAAGGGUGAUCGCGUGGUGAUCUACAUGCCCCUCAUCCCAGAGACUAUCAUUGCCAUGUUGGCUAUUGUUCGUCUGGGCGCAAUUCACUCGGUGGUCUUUGGUGGCUUUGCCGCCAGGGAACUCUGUUCACGGAUAGAGCAUGUAGAACCAAAGUUAGUAAUCGCAUCGAAUGUUGGAGUAGAGCCAGGUAAGGUGGUGCCCUAUUUGGACAUCCUGCACUCCGCCAUCAGCAUGUCGCGUUGGCGGCCACCACAGAGGAGCAUCAUCUUCAAACGGGACAAUAUAUCGCCGGAUACAACGAAACUGGAUCAGCUAACGGAUGUGCUCUGGUCGGACGUCUUGAAAAUGGCGGAGGACGAGCAGCCAAUAGCCUGUGUUCCCAUCGAAGCCAAUGAUCCCCUGUAUAUCUUGUAUACCUCGGGAACGACGGAUAAGCCAAAGGGAGUUCUAAGAACUAUUGGAGGCCAUCUGGUGGCUCUUGUAUACACGCUGCGAACUCUCUAUGGCAUUAGUCCCGGUGACACUUGGUGGGCAGCUUCAGAUAUGGGAUGGGUUGUGGGUCACUCGUACAUCUGCUACGGUCCACUCUGCUUGGGAGCCACUAGUGUGAUGUACGAGGGCAAGCCAGAUCGUACUCCAGACCCGGGUCAAUACUUUAGAAUAAUCGACCAAUACCAAGUCCGGUCGAUCUUCUCAGUUCCCACCUCCUUCCGCGUAAUUCGUCGCGCUGAUCCGGAAAUCACCUACGGACGUCAGUACUCAAUGAAGUCUUUGAGGGCCAUCUUCAUUGCUGGAGAACACUGCGACUAUGAGACUAAAUCCUGGAUCGAGAAAACUUUCAAGGUGCCAGUGCUAAACCACUGGUGGCAGACGGAGACCGGUUCGGCGGUGACCGCAACAUGUUUGGGCUUUCAGCAGAAUCUCAGUCCGCCCACGUACUCCACUGGUCUACCCCUAAUGGGCUACAAUGUCAAGAUCCUAAGACCGGACGGCAGCGAGGCUCAGACAUCGGAGCUGGGACGAAUUGCCCUUAAGCUACCCCUGCCACCCGGAAACAUGGCCACCCUAUACAAGAACGAAGAACUCUUCUGCAAACUGUAUUUCCAAAAGUUCCCAGGUUAUUACGACACAAUGGAUGCGGGUUACAAGGACGACCGUGGCUAUAUCUUUGUGACAGCCCGAGAUGAUGAUGUGAUAAAUGUUGCUGGCCAUCGGUUAUCUACUUCCAGUCUCGAAGACGCUGUGCUCAGACAUCCGGAUGUAGUGGACGUGGCUGUUUUUGGUGUACCAGAAGCAACUAAGGGCCAGGUACCGCUCUGCCUGUACAUUCCGGUGGAUAAUUGCACAAAGACCGAUGCCAAGCUAUCAACUGAGAUUAUCAAGCUGAUCCGGGAUGUGGUAGGGCCGAUUGCUGCCUUUCGGCUGAUCACGUCCGUGAACAACCUGCCACGCACUCGAUCCGGAAAGACAAUGCGAAAGGCAAUGGCGGAUUUUGCCCGGAACAAGCGCGUUAUCCUGCCGGCGACCAUCGAUGAUGCCAGUGUUUUUAUCGAGAUCAGGAGGGCUCUUCAGCAAUUGGGCUAUGCCAUGUCCGCACCGGAUCCUAUUGUGGCCAAGUUACUCGACUGAAGGGCUGAAAGAAGCCCUGCAUUUAAUCCUUAGCAUGUAUGUACGAUAACCAAGAAGAAAAUAAAAUUUAAGCAAGUUUGGCUGGGGUUUUUCCUCCAUUUAUUUGCGUAGGCCGCAAAAUGGCGAAAAUAA